AUGAUCACCGUAUACUCUUCCUUCUUCCUCCUCUUAAUCUCCACCGUUCACUCCAAACCAACGAUCUCAUUCACUCCCCAAACCCUAAACCGAUCCGGCGACACCGUCACGAUCCAAUGGACCGGCGUCGAAUCACCCUCCGAUCUCGACUGGCUCGGAAUCUACUCUCCACCAGAGUCUCCUCACGACCACUUCAUAGGCUACAAAUUCCUCUCCGACUCGCCCGACUGGCAAACCGGGUCGGGCUCCAUCUCCCUUCCUUUAACCAAUCUCCGAUCCGAUUACUCCUUCCGGAUCUUCCACUGGACCCAAUCCGAAAUCAACCCCAAACACAAAGACCACGACCACAACCCGUUACCCGGAACCCGCCAUCUCUUAACCGAAUCAAAUCGGUUAACUUUCCGGUUUUCCGCUAACCGGCCGGAACAGAUCCAUUUAAGUUACACGGACACGGUUAACGAAAUGCGUGUUAUGUUCGUUACGGGAGACGGUGAAGAACGGUUAGCUCGUUACGGAGAGGUUAAAGAGAGACUAAACAACACGGUUAAAGCGCGUGGAGUUAGUUACGAGAUCGCGCGUAUGUGCCACGCGCCAGCGAAUACAACCAUCGGUUGGAGAGAUCCAGGCUGGACGUUCGAUGCAAUCAUGAAGAAUCUGAAACCAGGGGUGAAGUACUUUUACCAAGUCGGGAGUGAGACCAAAGGAUGGAGUGAGAUUCACACAUUUGUCUCUCGAGAUGCGAACUCUGACAAGACCUUAGCGUUCAUGUUCGGGGACAUGGGAUGUUACACGCCUUACAGAACAUUCAUCCGCGGGGAAGACGAGAGUUUAUCAACCGUGAAGUGGAUUUCAAGAGAUAUCAAAGCUUUAGGUGAUGACAAAGCAGCGAUUGUGUCGCACAUUGGUGAUAUAAGCUAUGCUAAAGGCUACUCGUGGAUAUGGGAUGAGUUCUUUAAUCAGAUCGAGCCUAUAGCUUCGAAAACACCGUACCAUGUUUGCAUCGGUAACCAUGAGUAUGAUUGGCCUAUGCAGCCGUGGAAGCCGGAUUGGGCUGCUUACGUUUAUGGUAAAGAUAGUGGUGGAGAAUGUGGUGUGCCGUAUAGUGUUAAGUUCAACAUGCCUGGGGACUCAUCUGAGGCUAAGGUUCGGAACCUUUACUAUUCUUACGACAUGGGUUCGGUCCAUUUCGUUUAUAUCUCGACCGAGACGGAGUUUCUUAGAGGAGGGAAGCAGUAUAGUUUUAUCAAAAGUGAUUUAGAGUCUGUGAAUAGGAGCAAGACGCCUUUCGUUGUUGUGCAAGGGCAUAGACCGAUGUACACUACGAGUACUAAAGGUAGCGAUAUUGCGAUAAGGAUGAAGAUGAUUGAACAUUUAGAACCGCUGUUUGUUGAGAACAACGUGACGGUUGCGUUAUGGGGACAUGUUCAUAGGUACGAGAGGUUUUGUCCUAUAAGUAACAAUACGUGUGGUGAGCGGUGGCAUGGGAAACCUGUUCAUCUUGUGAUUGGUAUGGCUGGGAAAGAGACGCAACCGAUUUGGGAACCGAGGCCUAAUCAUCCGGAUGUACCGAUAUUUCCUCAGCCUGCUAGGUCUAUGUACCGUGGAGGUGAGUUUGGGUAUACUCGUCUGGUUGCUGAUAAGGAGAGACUUACUAUUUCUUAUGUUGGGAAUCAUGAUGGAGAAGUUCAUGACAAGGUUGAGAUUUUGGUUUCAGGAGAAGUUAUUAGUGGUAGUGGUAGUAGUGAUGAUGGUAAUAAAGAAACAAGCUUUGAAUCUAAAGCUGAUUUUGCAGUGUUGUGGUAUAUUGAAGGAGCAGGUGUGAUGGUUUUGGGAGUGGUUUUGGGAUAUCUUAUUGGUUUCUUUAGUCGUAGAAAGAAAGAAGCUGGAACUGGAUCUUCUAAUCCUGGUCGUUGGAUCCAACUUAAGAGCCAGGAAGAGACAUGA